AUGGAGACCUGAAUGGAGAGGUGAGGAGGAUUCUGGGAAUAUCAUUUUUAUGUGACUAUUUGUGUUCAGAUGUAGAGUUUUCCUCCUGUGAAGUCUGGAGAUCAUAUGACAUCACAUUGCCUCCACCUCCCUCCCUGAUAGAAGAGAGAAAGAAGAAGAAGAUUCUAGAAGUCACCAGAGAGAUCACUGAGCUCUGCUGACAGGAGAGGUUCCUAUAAGGUGUCAGGGUGUCACUGUCUAUUUCUCCAUGGAGGAGUGGGAGUAUUUAGAAGGACACAAGGAUCUCUACAAGGACGUCAUGAUGGACAAUCAGCCGCCCCUCACAUCACCGGAUGGAUCCAGUCAUGGGAACCCACCAGAGAGAUGUCCCCGUCCUCUGUAUUCCCGGGAUUCCACACAGGAAGGUCACACCAUCCCUCACCAUCAUCAGGUAGAUGAUGACAAUUAUUGGAACCCCCCAGAGAGAUGUCCCCGUCCUCUGUAUUCCCGGGAUUCCACACAGAAGGUCACACCAUACCUCAUCAUUACAAGGUUGGUGGGGGCAGAACAUCUAGAACAUGGACUUGUAAAGAUGAUGUGUGGAUUUUUUUAUGUGACCUUAUAUUAUACAGAUGAUAUUUCCUCUCAUUUCCUUGAUUUAGAGUGGAGAUCCAAUCGAUAUAGAAUUUGAGGUGAAAGCAGAAGAAGAAGAGGCGUAUGUGAGGGAUGAUCAGCAGUCUAUGGAGGAGGAUGGAAUAACGGGGACAUUUAUAGAGGAGGAGACUCCUACAGAGAUCAGCACAGGUGGGUCAUGAACACUAAAUCCAUCCUCCUCCACCCAUACUGCUCACUGAUUGGUCCAGAGUAGGGCGGGGACUGGGUGAUAUCAGCCUGUAAUCCCCUGGUCACUUUCCUGAGCUGUGUUUCCCGUCCUGUAUUCCUGGAUUUCUCUCGGA